AUCAACGAUACCUGCGUCACUUCCCUGUCCGCUCCACCCACUGCUUUAUAUCUUGUACUACGACUGACUUUUUGUCGCGGCCUAUGUGUUAUUACACUGUCACCAAACCCGAAGCAAGGACGCAAAGCAAUUGUGUGUACAAGCUGUUGAAGGCCUGAAAUCUACUUGGUCCUUGUCAUUCUCCUUGUCUUAUGAUGGCUAGUUCUGAGCACUACAGCGACCUGGAGUCGGACCACUGUGCAGACUGGUCCGGGAUGGACGCCCGGCUGCGAUCCUUCCGCGACUUCCCCCAGCAGGUGUCGGCGGAGAGGCUGGCGAGGGCGGGGUUCUACUUCACGGGCGACGCGGACCGCGUGCGCUGCUUCAGCUGCCGGCAGACAGUGGAGAACUGGCGCACCGAGGAUGUGCCCGCCGAGCGGCACCAGCAGGCCUCGCCCGCCUGCAAGUACCUGAGCUGCACCCACCGCCUCGGCCCCAUCCCCCCGGUCAACGGCGCCGCCUACGACGAGGAGGCCGAGGACAUGGAGUACCGCCUGCGCACGGGCGAGGUGGUGGACGAGUCCACGUACCCGCUGGCGCCCCACAUGCGCAGCGAGGACGCGCGCCUGCGCAGCUUCGCCGCCUGGCCCCCCGGGGCCCCCGUGCAGCCGCGGGCGCUGGCCCAGGCCGGGCUGUACUACCUGGGGGCGAGGGACCGUGUCCAGUGCUUCUGUUGCGGGGGCAUGCUGGCCGACUGGGAGCCCGGCGACGAGGCCUGGACAGAACACGAGAGGCUCUUCCCCAACUGCUUCUUCAUCCUGGGCCACGACGUGGGGAACGAGCCCUCCGAGCGGGAAGCCUCCAUGGAGUGCUUCGAGGACCGCCUCCAGAGCUUCAGCGGUGUGUCGCACCCCGUGGACCCCGAGAGGCUGGCCAGGGCGGGCUUCUACAGCAUGGGUGUGUCGGACCGUGUGAGGUGCUUCAAGUGUGGAGGGGGCCUGAAAGACUGGCAGCCUGAGGAAGACCCUUGGGAAGAGCAUGCCAAGGAAUACCCAGGAUGCAGAUUUGUGGUGGAGGAGAAAGGCCAGGAGUUUGUGAACAGUGUCCAGCUGCGAAACCCCCGACGGGGCUCCCCGACUGUGUCCCACCAGAAUGGGUUUUCGCGACACGAAACGGAGCACAACGUCAUGCAGUCGGUGAUCGCCCAGCGGGCGGUGGACAUGGGUCUGGACCCCGCCAAGGUGGAGAUGACCAUCCUGGAGAAGAUCCGCCGGACGGGCGAGGGCUACGCCGUGGCGGACGUGCUGGUGGAGGACGUGCUCGCCAUGGAGACCGAUGUGGAGCAGUCGCAGCAGGACGAUGAUGAAGACCCCCUGGAGAAGUUACGGAAGCUGCAGAUGGAAAAACAGUGCAAGGUGUGCAUGGACAAGGACAUUGCCAUUGUCUUCAUCCCCUGCGGACAUCUGGUCACCUGCGAGAGAUGCUCUGUGCCCCUCAAGAAGUGCCCCAUCUGCUGUGGUGCCAUAACUCAGAAAAUAAAGACCUACAUAUCCUGAACCCGCUCGCCCAGUUCCCUGCUGUGGGGCUGAGAGCCUGACAUUGAAUUAAGAUUGCUUUCCAAACAAGUUUGUAUAAACCUUUGUUUUGGUACUAAUGGUGUAAGAGAAUCAGGAAAUAUAAUUAAGGUCUAUUAAUUUUUCAAGCUCAGAAUCACUGUAAAUAAACAAACAUUGAAAUCUCUGAAAUAUGUCAUUAGGAUUUCAGCACAGAGCUCUACCAGGAUUAUGCUUUCUAUAUCCCCCUUGUCAUACUUAUACGAGGUAUCCAUGACUCUAAUGCGCUCUAUUUUGCUUUACAGCAUCUUACUGGAACGCUGCUAUUGAACUAGUAACAGGGAACAUAUUAUUUUUUUGGACCAUGUUGUAAAUAACAUUAGAAAUGAGGUGUAAUUAUGUGAGAUGCUUUCUGUAUUUAUUUAUGUCCAAAUCAAGCAUAAUGCUGAAUAAUAUUUUUGAUAUAUUUCAAAUUUAACUUUGAUUCAUACACUAUACAUCACACUGUUGUCUGUUAAAUUCAUCUUGUGUGGCUGUUUUGUGUGCAUAUUGGUUUUGUAGAUGUGGCCUUUGCUUUGUGUUAAUUAUCGCUUUAAAUUUAAGGUAACUAUAUACAGUUUUACAUAGUUCACUUAGAUUUUAGCAAUCGAUUUUAAUGGUUGAAGGUGAAGGUUUAAAGUGAUCAAUUUUCUCAGCUUUCUGGCACGAGGACAUCUGUUUACUAAGGCAAAAAUAAAUGAGUCACAUAAACUUUU